AGCUGCUGGAUUAGCUCCUGGAUUAGCUCCUGGAUUAGCUCUUCGAUUAACAACUUGCUGGAGGCUAUUCAAAUUAGCCACACCGUGGGAUGUAAGGAGCUCUCUGAUUGGUUGGUCAGACACAGGCUGUCUGCCAGCCUGGAUUUUUCUAGCUCAUAGCUUCGCCCUGCUAAGAAGCGUGUGUGCUUGUACAAAGGCCGUUCAGCGUCGGGAUUUACACUCGGCUCGACACGGAUAUGUGAAGAAUGAAGGGACCCUGCAGCGAAACGGAGAGCCAACCUCUGACUGAGUGCCUGUUUUCGCAGUCUGACCACCUGUUGAAGGGCUGUUUGAUGACGAUUUGGACUCCUCUGGGAGAUGAGGACACACCCACAUCUGUUCCAUACUGCAGCCAUUGAUGGUGUUACAGCUCUGAGGCAGCUUUGGGCCAUCAGACGCACACACUGGAAAACCAGCACCUGGACUUCAUGCAGGACACGCUCAAGGUGGGGUUGUCGUUUUUAUUCGUUUUUAUCUAACCCCGCCGACCACUUGGUCACAUCAAGGAGGAAUCUACCGCUGCAGAGGAAGAAGAGGAAACCCAGUUUACUACACUGAUAAAAGUGAUGAUGUUACCAUUGAGAUAACCUUUUCCAAUAAGGUUGUUGUAAAAGGACGACCCAGCUGGCCUCAGAUAUUCAGCGGUGAGACGAUCAGUCUGACAUGUGAGGUGCAGGAAGGAGGUGAAACCACUGAGUGGGAGUAUAGAUGGAGAGGAUCCAACCAAACCACACAGUGGACUCACAAUAAUUACUGGAUAUUCAAUGUUUCUGAGUCCAGCAGUGGAGACUACAUGUGUAAGAGUCGACGCAGAGAUGACUCAUAUUCUUCAACAGAGUGGAGUGAAGCCUUCAACUUGUCAAUAUCAACAGAUAAACCCAGGGCCACACUGACUCCAGGAUCAACAAUCAUACCAGUAGGGGGCAGUGUGACACUGACCUGCUCUGUGAGGAGCUCUGCUGGCUGGAAAUAUGAGUGGUUCAGACGUGACCAAAACACUGAAGUUCAAAUGAGAACAGAUGAUCAACAAAACAGAGUAAUCAGAGUAUCUGAAGGAGGAAUCUACCACUGCAGAGGAAGAAGAGGAAACCCAGUUUACUACACUGAUAAAAGAGAUGAUGUCACCAUUGAGAUAACCUUUUCCAAUAAGGUUGUUGUAAAAGGACGACCCAGCUGGCCUCAGAUAUUCAGCGGUGAGACGAUCAGUCUGACAUGUGAGGUGCAGGAAGGAGGUGAAACCACUGAGUGGGAGUAUAGAUGGAGAGGACCCAACCAAACCACACAGUGGACUCACAAUAAUUACUGGAUAUUCAAUGUUUCUGAGUCCAGCAGUGGAGACUACAUGUGUAAGAGUCGACGCAGAGAUGACUCAUAUUCUUCAACAGAGUGGAGUGAAGCCUUCAACUUGUCAAUAUCAACAGAUAAACCCAGGGCCACACUGACUCCAGAAUCAACUAUCAUACCAGUAGGGGGCAACGUGACACUGACCUGCUCUGUGGGGAGCUCUGCUGGCUGGAAAUAUGAAUGGUUCAGACGUGACCAAAACACUGAUGUUCAAAUGAGAACAGAUGAUCAACAAAACAGAGUAAUCAGAGUAUCUGAAGGAGGAAUCUACCACUGCAGAGGAAGAAGAGGAAACCCAGUUUACUACACUGAUAAAAGUAAUGAUGUCACCAUUGAGAUAACCUUUUCCAAUAAAGUUGUUGUAAAAGGACGACCCAGCUGGCCUCAGAUAUUCAGCGGUGAGACGAUCAGUCUGACAUGUGAGGUGCAGGAAGGAGGUGAAACCACUGAGUGGGAGUAUAGAUGGAGAGGACCCAACCACACCACACAGUGGACUCACAAUAAUUACUGGAUAUUCAAUGUUUCUGAGUCCAGCAGUGGAGACUACAUGUGUAAGAGUCGACGCAGAGAUGACUCAUAUUCUUCAACAGAGUGGAGUGAAGCCUUCAACUUGUCAGUAUCAACAGGUAAACCCAGGGCCACACUGACUCCAGAAUCAACAAUCAUACCAGUAGGGGGCAACGUGACACUGACCUGCUCUGUGGGGAGCUCUGCUGGCUGGAAAUAUGAGUGGUUCAGACGUGACCAAAACACUGAAGUUCAAAUGAGAACAGAUGAUCAACAAAACAGAGUAAUCAGAGUAUCUGAAGGAGGAAUCUACCGCUGCAGAGGAAGAAGAGGAAACCCAGUUUACUACACUGAUAAAAGUGAUGAUGUCACCAUUGAGAUAACCUUUUCCAAUAAGGUUGUUGUAAAAGGACGACCCAGCUGGCCUCAGAUAUUCAGCGGUGAGACGAUCAGUCUGACAUGUGAGGUGCAGGAAGGAGGUGAAACCACUGAGUGGAAGUAUAGAUGGAGAGGACCCAACCAAACCACACAGUGGACUCACAAUAAUUACUGGAUAUUCAAUGUUUCUGAGUCCAGCAGUGGAGACUACAUGUGUAAGAGUCGACGCAGAGAUGACUCAUAUUCUUCAACAGAGUGGAGUGAAGCCUUCAACUUGUCAAUAUCAACAGUGCCCAGGACUGGAAACUCUUCAUUUCCUGCUCUGUUGAUCGUUGGACUCAUCUGUGGACUUUUACUGAUUCUUCUUCUGCUGUUGUGUCGCUUCAAACAAUCAAAGGAUUCAUGCUUUGCCAGCACAAAUCAAACCAUAAACCAAACAAUCAACCAGGAUGAACCUCGAGACAGCCAACAUGCUUCUCCUCACCAAGGUGAUGCUUGUCUCUAUGAAUCAGUCAAAGACCAUGAUGACACAAAAAAUGAUGACAGCCUGUUGUAUGCAGAGGUCUCUCACAAGAGAGCUAAAGCCAAGAGAAACAAGGAACAAUCAGCCUCUGCAGCAGCUGAAGAAGUCGUUUAUUCUGAAGUCAAAUCACAAUCAGCUCUUGAUUACAGCCUGUUGUAUGCAGAGGUCUCCCACAACAGAGCUAAAGUCAAGAUACAUAAAGAUGCCGUGCAGGUGUGUACAUCGCACCUGCAGGAGCAUCGUAAACCACGCCCCGCCACACAUAUAUUGUUACAUAUAUAUUUACAGAACUUUCCUUUGUCUUUGCAAAUCAGCAUUUUUGUUCCUCUUGUUUUUUUUAAAUAGUUUUGUACAUUAAUAAACAUUUUAUAUUUGUUUAUGUCAUAUUUGGUAA